CUCUGUUCCUCGCCUCUUACUCUUUGAUGUAGGCCACGUUAGUAUCUCGCAAUCGUUGAUUCAUUCGUGUCCAAGCAAGGCGGUUCGUAAAAUCGAAGAGAAAAAAGUAUUUCUCUUUUUUCAUCUUCCCCAUCUCUCUCUCUCUCUCUCUCUUCAUCUUCCCAGACUUCAAAUUCCAGAUUUUUCAGCAAUUCCAUCUAGUUCUUCGCCGAGUCGCUGCAUUCAUCGUCGUCUCGAUUCCCCUCCCGAAUCCCCAUUGGAAGCCGAAUCUCUCGGAUCAGGGGAAGAUAGUUCGAGGGGCAAUGGCGAACCGGGUGAAAGAAGAUGAGAAGAAUGAGAAGAUAAUUCGAGGGCUUCUGAAGCUUCCUGCCAACCGAAGAUGCAUCAAUUGCAACAAUCUCGGGCCGCAAUAUGUAUGCACAAAUUUCUGGACCUUCAUCUGUACAAACUGUAGUGGAAUACACCGAGAGUUCACCCACCGUGUUAAGUCCAUAUCUAUGGCUAAAUUUACUUCUCAAGAAGUUACUGCACUUCAAGAAGGGGGAAAUGAGCGUGCCAGAGAAAUAUACUUUAAGGACUGGGACCCACAACGUCAUUCAUUUCCUGAUAGCAGUAAUAUCGACAGACUCAGAGAUUUCAUUAAGCAUGUUUAUGUGGAUCAGAGAUACUCUGGGGGAAGACAUGGAGACAGGCCACAAAUGUUGAAGGGUGAUAAGGACGUUUAUAAUGAAAACCGCAGGGCAGAACCAUAUAGAGGUGGUUCAAGAAGCCCACCAUAUGAAGAUCGUUAUAGUCCUAGUUAUGGUGGUAGAAAUGAUGAUCGUAGUUUCAGAUACAACUAUGGAGAAAGAAGUCCUGCAUAUAAUCAAGGUGAUUACAAGAGAAGUCCGGCUCGUUUUGAGGUGCUAGAUGACAGACAGAGAGAUGACAAAUUUGGAAAUGGAAGCCAAAACAGAAAGACUGAAGACCGUAGGCUCCCAGAUGCACCAAAACCAGAGGGGAGAUCACCAGAUCAUCAGAAAGAUUUCAAUAAGAUGAGUCCCCCAGUGGUGCGCCCUGUGAGAGAUAUUUUGGGUGAUAAUGCACCACAACUUCAAGUUGGUGGUGCUGCUAAAACAAAUGGGAUCAGGGGCCCUGAUGAUUCUGCAAAGAUAAAGAGUACCUUAUCUUCAAACAGCAUAGAUUCUACUGAUGCAAAUUCGGCACAGUUGAAAGGGUCGUUCUCUGAAAGUUUGAUAGAUUUUGAUGUGGAUCAUGAACCUCCUGUUGCUGCAAUAACAGAACAACCAGUUGCUCAACAAACUACAUCUGGUAGUGAUGGUGGUGCAGACUGGGCAGCUUUUGAUACUUCUGGACAGCAGAAAGUACCUCAAGUGGAUGCAAAUGCGAACCCAUUAGUGUCUGCUCUUGCCCAAUUAUCAGUUUCAGGGUCUACACCUGUAGGGAAUUUGCCAACCUUGUCUUUUUCUCAAAUUGAGUCCUCUCCCAAAGCUGGUGGUGGAGGGAACUUGCUCACAAUGCAGCAGCAGCAGCAACCUCUGGUAUUUCCAUCCAUUGAUAAUCCACCUGGUAAUCAGUCAUCCAACGUAUCUGUUGUUGGAACUUCAAACAACCAGACUUGGAUUCCAUCACCCGUACCACAUGGGCAAGGAAAUUUCACAAACCUAGCUAUUAACCCAGCUGGACAUCUUCCUCGGAUAGCUACUAAGCUACCGCAAGAAAAAGUUGCUGGAGUUUCUUCACAGCCACCUUCUGCAGAGAGUAAAACUAGUGGAAGGAAAGAACUGCCAGUGGAUUUUUUCACUUCUCUAUAUCCAAGUGCACCUGUAACAGCUCAAGGUUGGCAAAGAGGGCCAUAUCCUGGCAUGGGGUAUAACAUACAAUACCCUUCUGGAGUGGCUAUGCCUACAUAUUCUCAGACUCCAAAAUCUGUGAAUCCAUUUGAUCUUACCAGUGAUCCAGCUGCAGUGUACCCCUCAGUGACACCUCUGCAAGCAGCAUUAUCAAACAUGACUGCUCCAGCGACCUUACUUCGAACUUCCAGUUUUGGAGCCCCUUCCCCACAUUCGGUUCACUUGCAACAGUCACCCUAUGCAUCAAGUGUCUCUCCAGGUCCAUUCAUGAUGCAUCAGGUUCCAGAUAACAUGCCUCAACAAUUUGCUGCUAGCAUGAUGCCAAUGGGGAAUCAAGGUAUUGUAGCUCCUGCUAGCAAUGGUGCUACUUUUAGUACUUCAGGCAUUCAUCAAAAUCCAGCGGUCAGAUAUUCCCAACUGAGUACACCAAAUUCUUUCGGUUCUGUUGGAGGAAAUCCAUUUGGAUGAACAAGAUAAAUGGAACUACAGCUUGCAAUUUGUGCCAGCAUCUUGACAUUUGUUCCCUACUAAAGAAAAUUUGAUUGAAAACUCUGGCUUGGUAAUGCAAUUAGCACCUGUGUGAGAAAGAUUGCAGUCUUUAUCUACCUUUGUAAGACCGGAAAUGCUGGUUCCUUUAGAAAACUAGUACAAAGAGGGGAAAGGUGAUUAGAUUUCUGAGAAUCGAGAAAGGUAACUCAAGAGUCGGUGUAAAUUAUUGUUCAUUGUUAAAAAACAUUAGUUAUUCAGUCUGUUUUGAGUGUGUAUUUUGGCAGUUUCUGCCUGGUUACCUUGUGACUGUGGGGUGCAUAAUUUUUAUCAGUGUUUGUAACUUUGCAUUAUAUUCCCUGUAAAUUACAUGUGAUAUCAGAGUGGACUGGAUUUCGAGUUGUUAUCGCUUAA